UUUUUCUUCCCCGUAACCCUACCCUACAAAUCAUCUUAGAAAAAAUGAAAGGAUCUUCUCUAUCCCAAGAUUUAAAAUCGUUACUAAAUAAUAAAAGAUAUAGUGAUAUAGAAAUUCUUUGUGAAGAUAAUAUAAAAUUAUAUGCAAAUAGGGCAAUUUUAGCAGCAAGAUCAAAUGUACUUGAUGCCCUAUUUUAUAACGGGUUAAAAGAAAGUUACGAAAACCAAAUUCGUUUUCCAACAAUCAAUUCUUCCGUAAUGAAAAUUAUAUUGGAAUACGCUUAUACAGGCUCAGUUAGAGAAGAAUCUCUAAACGAUGAUAUUAUAAUUGAAGCCUAUAGUGCCGCUGACUAUUUCCAAUUACCAGACCUCCAAGGGUUUAUUGCCAGAAUUUUUAAAGAUUCUUUACUAAAAAGCUGCAGAGUACACAAUUUACCGGUUUUAUUGUCAAAAGUCGUGGAAAAAAAGAAACCGUCAUUAAUAGAUAAUCAUAUUCUUAUAGAUCUAAUAGUCGAAGAACUAUCAACGUUUCCUUUAAAUGUAAUCGAAUUUGGUCGAUUAUCUCUUGAAGCGCUUCGUUAUCUCUUGUCUUACAAACACGAGAAAAAAAUGCCCUUUGUAACUCCGGAAUACGAGAUUCUCCGAUAUUGUGCCAUUUUAGCAGGAAAAAAUGUAUCCAAUGAUGCAUAUGAAACUCUUUCCAAACGGUUACCAAUCUUAGAACCAAUGAAUUAUAUCCAAGUAGAAAUUCUCCGAUAUAGUGCUAUUUUAGGUGGUAAAAAAGUAUGCAAUGAAGCAUAUGAAACUCUUUUUAAACGGCAACCAAUUCCAUCAAUUUCAAGACAAAUAGAGUAUAUCAAAGUAGAAAAUAAUUUUACUGAUUGUCAAAAAGUUGUCGAAAUAUUAGAACCUUUGGUUAAAUAUAUUGAUUUAAAGAGAAUUAAUACUCAAAUAUUAGCAAAAAUUAUUGAACCAUUGGGAAUUAUUCCAUCAGAAGUAAUCAAGGAUGCGAUGACAAAUACUUAUAUGUAAAAAUAUUUAUGUCGGAAGCUAGGCAGCAGAAAUGCGGUGUUAAGUGCGAAAAAAAAGAUAGUACGUACUCAUAGGUUCAAGAUUAUGAUAGUUGUAAAGAAUGAGUAUGCAACCUUGAAGAUAGAUGUAGAGGGAUCACUUGGCCACGAAUCAUAGUCACUUAGAAAUAGUUUUAAUAUUUUUUUUUUUUUUUUUUUUUUUUCCUUUUUACAACAAAUUAUUUACCAGUAUAUAGAUGAUAUUUUUAAUAAAAAAAUAUUAACUUUGUGAUC